GCUGGCCCAGCACCCAAGGGCCAGCAGCGAGCAUCAGGCCGAGCCCCUCUGCCCGCAGCAGGACCGGACAUGGCGACGCUGCGUUUGCUGUACCGGGCUGCCCGCACAGGCCCACCAGCCCCCUUGGGCUACCUGCGCCCGCUCAGCACCACCGGCCCCAGGGACUCCUACAAGUACGUCAACGUCCAGGAGCCUGCCAUGGACAUGCGAUCCAUCACUGACCGGGCUGCCCAAACCCUGCUGUGGACGGAGCUCUUCCGAGGCCUGGCCAUGACGCUGAGCUACCUUUUCCGGGAGCCGGCCACCAUUAACUAUCCCUUCGAGAAGGGCCCGCUGAGCCCACGCUUCCGUGGGGAGCAUGCCCUGCGCCGCUACCCCUCGGGGGAGGAGAGGUGUAUCGCCUGCAAGCUCUGCGAGGCUGUCUGCCCGGCACAGGCGAUCACCAUCGAGGCCGAGCCCCGAGCUGACGGCAGCCGCCGUACCACCCGCUACGACAUCGACAUGACCAAGUGCAUCUACUGCGGGUUCUGCCAGGAGGCCUGUCCCGUGGACGCCAUCGUGGAGGGCCCCAACUUCGAGUUCUCGACGGAGACGCACGAGGAGCUGCUCUACAACAAGGAGAAGCUGCUCAACAACGGCGACAAGUGGGAGGCUGAGAUCGCGGCCAACAUCCAGGCCGAUUACCUGUACCGGUGACGGCCGGGCGCCGCCACGUCUCCUUCCCACUCCCCUAAUAAAGGGUCCGGGGGGGGU